AGGGAGCCAGGCGGUGCGGGUGCCAGGCACCAGGAUGCGGUGGCCGGCCACCGGGCUUGGGAAUAGCCCAAGCGCACCUUAACCAGCGCGGUACGGGCGGCCCAGCGGCGACAGGGACAUUGCAUACGCACAUUAGGCGCAGCCCGGGCAACCCAGCGGUGCAGCGUCUUGGUGCUGCAGUGGCGCGGUGCGGGGUCCCGGUAACCAGGGGGUGGGAAUCCAGCCCCGGAGCUAGGCUGGCGCUGCUGGCCGAGAGCCUUGGGCUCUUGGGGGACUGGUGCCCACCCGGGGCUGUACGCGAUGUCUUGUUCUCGUUCUUUCUGGGCCAGGGUUAGCCUCGGCAGGUUGGCGAUGCAGCGGGCGGCGGUGCUUGUGCGGCGGGGCCCCUGGGGCCGUAGCCACAGCAGCGCUGCAGCCGAAGCCUCGGCGGCGCUCAAGGUGCGACCGGAGCGCAGCCCUCGAGACCGCAUCCUCACCCUGGAGUCCAUGAACCCCCAAGUGAAGGCGGUGGAGUACGCUGUGCGUGGACCCAUCGUGCUCAAGGCGGGCGAGAUCGAGAUGGAGCUGCAGCGGGGUAUCAAAAAGCCAUUCACUGAGGUAAUCCGAGCCAACAUUGGGGAUGCCCAUGCUAUGGGCCAGCAGCCAAUCACCUUCCUCCGUCAGGUGAUGGCACUCUGCACCUACCCAAACCUGCUGAACAGCCCCAGCUUCCCUGAAGACGCUAAGAAACGAGCCCGGCGGAUCCUGCAGGCUUGCGGUGGAAACAGCUUGGGGUCUUACAGUGCCAGCCAGGGCGUUAACUGUAUCCGUGAAGAUGUGGCAGCCUUUAUCACCAGGAGAGAUGGCGUGCCUGCAGACCCAGACAACAUUUACCUGACCACUGGAGCUAGCGACGGUAUUUCUACAAUCCUGAAGCUCCUGGUCUCCGGGGGUGGCAAGUCGCGGACCGGCGUGAUGAUCCCCAUCCCGCAGUAUCCGCUGUACUCCGCGGUCAUCUCCGAGCUCGACGCCGUCCAGGUGAACUACUAUCUAGACGAGGACAACUGCUGGGCUUUGAACGUGGACGAGCUCCGGCGGGCAGUGCGGCAAGCCAAAGACCACUGUGACCCGAAGGUCCUCUGCAUCAUCAACCCCGGAAACCCCACAGGCCAGGUACAAAGCAGAAAGUGCAUAGAAGAUGUGAUUCACUUUGCCUGGGAAGAGAAGCUUUUUCUCCUGGCUGACGAGGUAUACCAGGACAACGUAUACUCUCCGGACUGUAGGUUCCACUCCUUUAAGAAAGUGCUUUACCAGAUGGGGCGCGAGUACUCCAGCAACGUGGAGCUCGCCUCCUUCCACUCCACUUCCAAGGGCUACAUGGGCGAGUGUGGCUACAGAGGGGGCUACAUGGAGGUGAUCAAUCUGCACCCCGAGAUCAAAGGCCAGCUGGUGAAGCUGCUGUCCGUUCGCCUGUGCCCGCCAGUGUCUGGGCAGGCCGCCAUGGACAUCCUUGUGAAUCCCCCGGUUCCAGGAGAGGAGUCCUUUGAGCAGUUCAGCAGGGAAAAAGAAUUCGUCCUUGGGAAUCUGGCCAAAAAAGCGAAGCUGACAGAAGAUCUGUUUAACCAAGUCCCAGAGAUUCAGUGCAACCCCUUGCAAGGGGCCAUGUAUGCCUUUCCUCGGAUUCUCAUCCCUGCCAAGGCUGUGGAGGCAGCUCAGUCCCACAAAAUGGCUCCGGACAUGUUCUACUGCAUGAAGCUCCUAGAGGAGACAGGCAUAUGCGUCGUGCCUGGCAGUGGCUUUGGGCAGCGAGAAGGCACCUACCACUUCAGGUUCUCUGCUGCAAUUCAUUCAUGAUCCAUCCAAAAUGGAGACCUGGGAUUGCGGCAGAGUUCAGCGAAUGACGAUUCUUCCUCCAGUGGAGAAACUGAAGACAGUGCUCCACAAGGUGAAAGAUUUUCACCUCAAGUUCCUGGAGAAGUACACAUGAGGAUGCCUCAGGCGCCAGACCCUCCUUGGGUCUGGGCCCCGGUACCACCCAGGCCUUCCUCAUGGACUCUGCCUCGGACCUCACACAUCAUCAUCAUCAUCAUCUUCAU